AUGCGACAGGCGCUCAAGGCUGGCUUGGGGUGCUUCGUCUCCCUGUUGCUCGCCGCACCAGCCGACGCCUUCUACAUUCCAGGCUGGUCGAUCAAAAGUUACAAGGACGGCGAGCAGAUCCCCUUGCUGGUCAACAAGGUCUACUCCGACAACACCCAGCUGCAAUAUGCCUACUACGACCUCCCCUUUGUGUGCCCGCCGACGGGCCAGCGGAGACCUGGCACCGGAUUGCUUAGCGGACAGAGCAUCCCUCUGAACCUCGGCGAGGUCCUCCGCGGUGACAGGAUAAAGACGUCCGAUAUCGACCUGGUUGUCGGCCAGGACAAGCCGUGCAACUUGCUGUGCAACCGGGAGAUUGGUAGGAAGGAGAUGCGCAGGGCCAAAGAGAUGGUGCAGGAUGGUUACGUGACCGAGUGGAUCGUCGACAACCUUCCCGGUGCGACGAGCUUCGUCACCGUUGACAAAAGCCGUAAGUACUACGCCGCAGGCUUCAAGCUGGGGUUUACCGACUACGCGGCGAGCGGCGGAAAGCCGCGCUACUUCAUCAACAACCACCACACCAUUGUCAUCCGCUGGCGCAAAGCGCCCGGUAAGGCCGGCGAACGCGGCGGCAAGGUCGUCGUCGGGUUCGAGGUAUACCCCAAAAGUAUUGGCCCCAACAAUAAGCGCGACGAGAAGGGCUGCCCCGCCGACCUGCAGAACAUUGACCAGAACCUUGAACUCUACCUCGCCCCGAAUAAGUCGUCCGACGCGUCCAAGCACAACACCGACUCCUCCUACCACCCGACAGAUGAAGAAGAUGUCGACGACGACGCCAAGCUCACCAUCCCCUACACUUACUCUGUCUACUUCCGCGAGGAUAACAACAUUGAAUGGUCGCGACGAUGGGAUUUGUACUUUGUGAACCAAGAGGAGGGUCAGAAGAUCCACUGGCUGGCCAUCGUCAACUCGCUCAUUAUCUGUGGUCUUCUCACCGGCAUCGUCUUGAUGAUCCUGGCGAGGACGAUCCGCUCUGACAUCAAGGGGUACAAGGAGGUUCCCCUCGAGGACGGCAAGCCGAAGCUGAAGCGUAAGAAGACUGGUAACAGGUCUCCCAGGUUGUCGGAAAAGUCGGGUGGGCUGCUUGACCAAGGGAACGAUUUCGAGAACGACGGGGACGUGUCUUCGGACGACGAGGCCCUGGAGGACGUUACGGGCUGGAAGCUGCUGCAUGCCGAUGUCUUCAGGACGCCUCAGCACGGAUACCUCUUGGCGCCCCUCGUGGGGUCGGGAAUGCAGCUCCUCUUCAUGGCCGUGGGACUCGUUCUGCUGAGUGCGUUGGGCAUUCUCAACCCCAGUUUCCGCGGCGGCUUCAUCAGUGUGGGCGUUGGCCUGUUCGUCUUUGCCGGCCUCUUCUCCGGGUACUUCUCGGCGCGGGUGUACAAGACAUUUGACGGGCAGGACUUCCGGAAGAACGCGCUCGUUACGGCCGUCCUGUUUCCGGGUCUCCUCUUUGGCAUCGUCUUCAUCCUCAACCUCUUCGUGUGGGCGCAGGCCUCAAGUACGGCCAUCCCGUUCGGAACCGUCGUGGCCAUUGUCUUCCUUUGGCUCUGCAUUCAGGUUCCUCUGGUCUACGCCGGGUCCUGGUUUGGAUUCGUCCGCGGUGGGAACUGGGAGCACCCGACCAAGACUAGCUCCAUCCCUCGCCAGGUGCCGCAGCAGGCGUGGUAUAUCAAAUCGUGGCAAUCGGUCCUCCUCGCCGGACUCAUCCCCUUCGCCGUCAUCUUUAUCGAGCUAUUGUUCGUGUUCCAGUCGGUGUGGCAGGACAAGAGCGGGUACUACUACGUGUUCGGAUUCCUGGCCGUCGUGUCGGUGAUACUUAUCCUGACAAUCGCCGAGGUGACGGUGGUGACGAUCUACAUCCAGCUAUGCUCAGAGAACUACAACUGGUGGUGGCAGUCAUUUAUGGUCGGCGGCGGCAGCGCCUUCUGGGUGUUUUUGUACUGUGUGUGGUACUAUUUUUUCAAGCUGCACAUCACGGGGUUCGUAAGCAGCAUGCUCUUUUUCAGCUACAGCUUCAUGGCAUGCUGCGUCUACGGCCUCCUGACUGGCACCAUCGGGUUCCUGAGCGCGUACGCAUUCGUCAGGAGAAUUUACGGUGCUAUCAAGGCUGACUAA